UUAACCACUUCCCAUCUGGCCCAUGUACAUAAACGGCCAGACGGGAGCAGUGCAGGAGCGGAUGGUCAUUUAUAAACGGCCUCCGCAUUCACUGUCUGUGCACUCUCCCAGGGUGCGCGCAGCACCGCGAUCCAGUCCCGAUCAUGUGAUCUCUGAUUGGCCAAUCAGUGAUCACAUGAAUAGUAGUAAGCAAGAUGUCACUUGCUGACAUCAUUGCUUACUACUAGUGAAAUCUGUGAAUGAUCACAGAGGUCACAUGGCACAACAGCCUUGUACCAUGUGACAAGCUCUGACCAAUCACAGUUCUCACA